GGAGCACCUCAAUUUCCUAUGAUAUAUUGGAAUGCUGCAGCUGCACUCUAUGCUUAUGCAUGGGCUAAAAUAUCUCGACAAAGAAUUGAUGUUGUUGGUCAUAGUCAACUUGUUGGAUAUCCAGAACUACCUGAUCUUCAACUUCAGCCACAAUAUCCAAGUGUUGCUUUGCUUAAUUGGACUACAGGCGAAGGAACAGCUAAAUAUUGGACAUCAAAACUUCUUAUUGAAACAGUUGAUAUUGAUAAUGAUGAAGGAGUUGUAACACAAACAAGUGAUAUUAGUGGAGAAAAUAUUUUUAGUCAAGCAUUUGUAGGUAAAAAUGGUCGUCGAUGGGUUUUAAUUAUUAAUAAACGAUAUGCUAAUGUUGAUGUAUUUUUACCUGGAUGUACUGGUGGUCGAAUGCAAAUUAUAAAUGAAGCAUCUGGUUUUGGACCAGCUACUGAAGUAACACUAACAUUGAGUAGAAUAACACUAAGUCCGUAUGCUAUUGCUGUUGUUCAUAUGCCUUCUGUAAAUAUAGAAUGA